UACAAGGUCGCAUUAAGGAAAUGUACAAUAUCCAGAUGGUAACUAUGAAUGAAAAUCUAGCUGUCCAAUGUAAGGAGUGGUGUUCACACCAACGGCCAUUUCAGUUUGACUACAGAGACUACCCCCAACACACUGUGAAACGAAGGAAAGAUCACCUGAUGCGCACUAGGAGAAAGUGUGAUUAUACAGGUGAGACUUAUCAGAGCAACACCGGCAGGUCUGCCUCUACAGAGACUGGAAUGCAAACCAAAGUGAAACAUAGACACACAUGGCAUGCUCAGAAAUCUCCUUGGAGUACAGGUGCCAGUUAUCAAAGUCACUCCAGCUCACAGCAGAUUUCCCUGCCUGCAAAGAGAGCACCCAGACAAGAUGAUGGUGCCUAUGGUUCAAGGGAAGGUCUCUAUAAUGUGGUUCUUCUGGGGAAAAGUGGAACUGGAAAGAGUGCAUCUGCAAACACCAUCCUGACUGCUGGGAAGCUCAUUGGGGAUUCAAACCAACAUUUUCAGUCUUAUCCCAGCUCCACACCAGUCACCACCAAGUGUGAGGUGAAAAUAUUGGAGAUAUUUGGGAUACCAGUUAGGGUAGUUGACACUCCAGACUUUUUUUAUGAAGAGGAACAUGUAAACCAGGCGCAGGUAGAAGAGUGUAAGAGGUACUGUCAGGAAGGUCAUUGUGUGAUGUUACUUGUGAUGCAGCUGGGCAGGUUCACAGAUGGUGAGAGAGACAUAUUAGAGAAGCUAGAGAAAAGCCUUGGCUGGAGGAUCAGGGAGAACACAAUCAUCCUGUUUACACAUGGAGAAGAUUUGAAAGGCAGUGUAGAUAAAUUUACUGGUGAAAGAAGUCACCUGAAGCGCCUUGUGGAGGCUUGCAGUUAUCGUUACCAUGUAUUCAGGAACAGCUCCAAGGACUCAAAACAAUUCAAAGCACUCGUCAAGAAAUUUCCAGAUAUGUUUCCAAAUUUCCCAACAAUAAGGACAUCUACGGUGUUUUGUUUACGUUAGCCAUAGCUGCUUUACACAGGAAGUCCAAAUAACAAAUUCCUUUAUACAGAGAAAACAUUUCCAGUCUUUAUAGAAAAAAAAUAUCAUAUGCACAGUGAAAAUUGUGUUUUCUUUGGCUUUUUCAUAUUGAAUGUCCAAAUAAUGUAAUUUGAAACUAUCUACCACUGUGCAAGAUGGCAAGUAUGAAUAUCAUUUUUUGAAGCUGUGUGAACUCACUGCUCUUGCAUACUGAUUAUUAUUUUGUGAUAUAAACUCUAACUUCUAGUGUUUUUUUAUACUUAUUAGCAUCAUGGUGAAAAUAUACAAGACUUGUCUCCACUAAUAAAAAAUCUUUGAUCCAACUUCCUGUCCCGCUGGAUGUCACGUUGUCUAUGUUGUUGUGAAAUUUAGAUUACAUCAAUAAUGUCAAAAGGCAAACUAAUGGUGGCUAUUUGACAGCCACCUUUUUCUGAAUUUCACAUCUAUACAA